AUGUGUCCGCGGCAGUCGGGCAUGCAGCUCGGCUGGAGAGGGUAUUCCUAUUCUGACCCAGCCAGUGAGGAGUGCAUGGACGUGUCAGAGGCCAGUAACAGCAGCGGAACACUGGCCAACCACUCGCCGCUCUCCGACCACCUCGCCAGCAACAUUUACUCCUACGAACACGGCGUGCGUGACCCUCUAAGGUUUCCAAUGCAGAACGGACGGCUCGUGGGCGCGGCGGUGGAGGGGGAGAUUUCGCCGCCCUCGGGGCUGGGCGAGGCGGCUGCGGCGCCUGCCCGGGGACACAAGCCCACGCCCUUCAACCUGUCCCACCUCGAGUACACCUUGCCGGACACUGAAAUAUACGAGCCCGAAACAGUGGACUUCCCCAGUUCGCCAACUGCUCUGCGGUAUCUGGCGGACCCCGGCGAGGACUGCGGCGGCGUACGGCUGGCCGAGCGGGAGGACACGACGCAGCCACCAGCCACCCCCACCGAGGAGGACCGGUCCCUGUACACGGCGGUGGUGUCGCCGCCCACCGGUCAGGUCACACUCAGGAAAGAGCGACCCUCCAGCCUGGAAGUGAACCGCAAGAAGCGCCUCACCGUCACGGAGGAGCUGCUGACGGUGGCCGUGGACGACGACCAGCACUCCAUCUCGUCCCUCAGCCAACAUAGCGACGACGACGACGACGACGCUCAGAUGCUGUCCCACGACGAGUUCACCGACAUGCUCACGCCGGACGACAUCGACACCCCCGACGAGCUGGAAGAGUCCAUCAUGGAGCGUCUGGGCCCCCAGCCAAGGAUAGAUCCCCUGCCGGAGUACACCGCCACCCAGGAGACCACCGAGGAAAGGUCGUGGCGCUCAGUCGUCAUAUCGGGCAUCGAGAGGAGAAUUGAUAUGAAGGUAAUUGAGCCGUACAAGAAAGUGCUAAGUCACGGGGGCUACCUGUCGGGCAGCAACGAAGCUAUCAUAGUGUUCUCCGCCUGCUUCCUCCCUGAUCGGUCACGGAAAGAUUACGAUUACGUCAUGGAUAACCUCUUCAUGUAUGUUCUGACGACCCUGGACCAGCUCAUCGCCGAAGACUACGUCCUCAUCUACCUCCAUGGGGCGACCACGAGGGGCAACAUGCCGUCCUUCGCCUGGCUCAAGCGCUGCUACCAGAUGAUUGACCGGCGGCUCCGCAAGAACCUGCAGGGCCUCUACCUGGUGCACCCGACCUUCUGGGUGAAGACCGUGGUGGUGAUGACGCGCCCCUUUGUCAGUGCUAAAUUUGCUCGCAAGUUGAGAUUUGUAAAUAGUUUGAAAGAACUAUCCAGCCUUAUUCCAAUGGACCAAGUGUGUAUUCCAGACAGAGUCAAACAGUAUGAUGAGAUCAGAGAAAGCUUGCUGGUGAAGGCAUGAACAGAGCAUGAGCACAAACAAAUCCAGUGUGCUGCCACCACCCUACCUAAGCCUGUGUGGGGGGCAGCAAGUACCUCUAGCCACCUGCCUUCAGUUAACCUCCAACAGGAUUCACUACCCAAAUGAAAGCUUUGUGUGUAUACUCACCCACAUACAUGAAUUCACCUAUGGCAAAUGAGAUAUAUAUAAAAGAUAUAUAUGUACACGUUAUGCUUUUUGGAUGGAGAAGGAACAACAGCUAAGUUGAUCAAAUAAUUUGCAUAUCAGUUGUUGCUUACUUAUUUUGUUAGGUGAUCUGAGGUGUUUUCUGUCAUGUCCUACAAGUAAUAUGAUUAAGGGAAUAGAAGCUUUCUCAGCACAAAGUGGACAGGGUGCACCCUGCUGAAUGGUUGGCCUCAGGCUCAGAACUGUGCCUAGCUGGGGGUGUUGUGUGGUGCUUUACAAGUGUUGGUGAGAUGGUGUGUCCAGGGAGAGAAAAAUCAAUUGUUGUUAACAUUUGUUAGAGGGAAAGUUUCACUGUGGAUACAAUAUGUCAUGCCUAGAAUAUAUAUAUAUAUAUAUAUAUAUAUAUAUAUAUAUAUAUAUAUAUAUAUAUAUAUAUAUAUAUAUAUAUAUAUAUAUAUAUAUAUAUAUAUAUAUAUAUAUAUAU